UAAGCUGCAGCCAAAAUGGCCAAGUACAGACUUGUUCUCUUAAGACAUGGAGAAGGAGCCUGGACCAAGGAGAAUCGCUUCUGCAGCUGGGUGGACCAGAAGCUGAGCAGUGAUGGGAUAAAGGAAGCUCAGAACUGUGGCAAGCACCUCAAAGCACUGGGCUUUGAGUUUGACCUUGUCUUUACCUCUGUGCUCAGCCGCUCCAUCCAGACUGCAUGGCUUAUCCUGCAAGAGAUGGGCCAAGAGUGGGUCCCCAUUCAGAGUUCCUGGAGACUGAAUGAACGUCACUAUGGUGCGCUGAUUGGGCUCAACAGAGCAGAAAUGGCUCUUAAUCAUGGGGAGGAGCAAGUGAAAAUAUGGAGGAGAAGCUAUGAUGUCACCCCACCUCCCAUAACUGAAUCUCAUCCAUACUAUGAAGAGAUCUACAACGAUCGCCGGUAUAAAUGCAGUGAUGUUGCUCAGGAUAAUCUCCCAAAGGCUGAAAGUCUCAAAGAUGUGCUUGAUAGACUCCUUCCAUACUGGAAUGAAAAGAUAGUGCCAGAACUGAGAAGUGGCAAAAUGAUCCUUAUCUCUGCUCAUGGCAACAGCAGCAGGGCAUUGCUGAAGCAUGUGGAAGGUAUCUCUGAUGAGGACAUCAUCAAUGUUACUCUCCCCACUGGUGUGCCCAUACUUCUUGAACUUGAUGAGGAUCUGCACCCUUUGGGCCCUCACCAGUUUCUAGGUGAUCAAGAAGCUAUCCAAGCUGCCAUCAAGAAAGUGGAAGAUCAAGGGAAAGUAAAAUCUGCUGAGAAGUAA